CUCCGCUUCUUCCUCCUCCCCGUGAAAAGCUAAACAAACUUUUUAUUAUUCUGUUCCCAAACUUCAGAAAAUCAGGCGAAACACGCACAGUCACACACACAUAUCAUCUCCUCUUCUUCCUCCUCCCCAUGAAAAGCUAAACAAGCUUUUGAAUACAAAAGGGCCUCCCCCAAUGGCUUUUGUGCUACCAAAUCUUUCUCCUUCCUUUCUUCUUCUUCAAUCCAAAACUUGCUCCAAAGAAAAACAACCCCUCUUUGCCCAAAGUUCAAAGCUUUUCUCUGAAACUCUAACUGUUCAAUACCCAACACUUAAAGGCUCCCAGGUAAGCUCCCCCCCGCUUCAUCAGGACAAGCUCGACCACUCCCAGCCACAAAGAGAUGAGUUUUAUGUGAACCUUGGACUUGCUGUUCGGACUCUUCGUGAGGAUUUGCCUUUGCUUUUCACAAGAGAUCUUAAUUAUGACAUUUACAGGGAUGAUAUUACUUUUUUAGACCCUUUGAAUACAUUUUCUGGUAUUCAAAACUAUAAAUUGAUCUUCUGGGCAUUGAGAUUUCAUGGUAAAAUAUUGUUCAGAGAGAUUUCCCUUGAAAUUUUUAGGAUUUGGCAACCUUCUGAGAAUGUCAUACUGAUUAGAUGGAACUUGAGAGGUGUCCCUAGAGUUCCAUGGGAGGCCAAGGGUCAGUUUCAGGGUACUUCGAGGUACAAAUUAGAUCGAAAUGGGAAAAUCUAUGAGCAUAAGGUUGAUAAUUUAGCAUUUAAUUUCCCACAGCAGCUUAAGCCUGCUGCCUCAGUGUUGGAUUUGGUUGCUGCCUGCCCGGCUAGUCCUAAUCCAACAUUUCUAUGGGGUCCUCUGGACACCUAUCCAUCUUCUUGGGUCGCUUUUUAUCGCGCAGUUAGGGAGACGUUGGAUCGAGAAGGAUAUUUGCUUUCUCAAGACAGUUUGGCUACCUGUUCAUAGCCUGAAUUACUUCACACUUUAUAUAUAUAUGGUGAAAUUUUAUAAUACAUAUACCUGUAUCAGCACAUUGCAUUUUGUAUAAUGGAUAUGGAAAUAGCCGGUAUAAGGUUUUGUUAAAGGAGAAGGUGUAUGUACAUAGGCAGGAAUGCUGGAGGCUUCGUUUUAAUUCUUGAGUUAGAGGAGGAGAGCUUGCACAUAUUGGCUCAGUUCAGUUCUUACACAAGUCUAUGCAUUUAUACAUGAUCUUAAUCUAUUGGUUUAAGUAGAAAUUAUAUAUUAGCUUUGUU